AUGAUGAAUAUGCCUCAAAAUAUCGUUAUUUGGAUGCUCGGUUUUAUUUUACUCGUGGAGGGCCAAAAUAUAACUACAGAUGUACCUAAACAAGAACUAUAUUGUCCACAGUCGUGUACCUGUGGAGAAGGCAGUAAUUUACCGAGAAUUUACCAACCAUUCGCUGAUAUACGCCAUAUUUACUGUGUUUGGACUAACGAUUCAUUAAAUUUUACAGAAGAAAUUACUAUGGCAACAGAAAGCGAUCAGUCUACAGCCUAUGAUAUUCAUAUUAAAUGUUAUGGUGAUACUGAUAUAGUGUGGACUUCAUCUGAUUUUCUUCAGAAAACAUUCGCAGUUCGCAUGUUUAAUUGUAAUAUUAUUAAUGAUGGUCUUAUUUUAUUCCCAACUGACUCCAUAACUAAGAUAUUUGUGUUAGAUACAUUGCGUCCUGCUGACGUUGACAAAUUUCAAUUUCAGGGUUUUAAAUCGGCAACUGUAUUCCAAAUCUCAUAUAGCAAUUUAAAUAGAAUUCCAAACCUACCCUUCAUGCCAAGUUUAUUAGUAUUGACACUUGAGGGAAAUAACAUUACCGAUUUAUCCUGCGACUUGUUUUAUAAAAAGAUUUGUUUAAUGUGUAUAGUUGAAUUAAGUUCUAAUUCACUAACUUCUAUUCCUAACUGUCCUUCCUUCUCAUCGACAAGGUUUGGAUCACCAACAUAUAAUUUCGGAAAUAAUAAACUUAGUGAUAUUAGCUAUAUUGGUAAUCUGGAUAUGACACGGGUAGAUUUAUCAUACAAUCAAAUAUCACAUUUACCCAAUUUUACAAAAUUCAAUUUAUUUAAUUUGACAGUGAGCCAUAAUUCUAUCAAGGAAAUUAAACGAAAUUCCUUUCCUUCCAAUAUCAUGCUAAGAUACCUUGAUCUAAGCUAUAAUCAGAUUGAAACUAUAGAAACUGCAGCCUUCUCAAAUUUAUUAAAUCUCAAGGAAUUGUCAUUAAACGGGAAUAAUUUAAUCAUAUUUGAUAGCAGACACUUAUCACCAACUUAUUAUGUCAUUGAUGUCGAUUUGCGAUCAAACCAACUUGAGUAUCCACCAUUUCAAGACGGUCGACUUCCAGAACCUCCCAGUUAUCUGAAAAUACGAGCUGCAGAAAAUCCAUAUAUUUGCGAUUGUACGACAAACGAGUUGAUGACUCAACAAUCUGUACAGCAGAUUUUCUCUGAUACAAACUUGAUGAAAUGCCAAAGACCUACAAGACUACAGAAUCAAUCUGUGGUAUCUUUAAAUCUUACCGACUCGUGUCCGAUAGUGAGGAAAUGUCCAGUGUCGUGUGUAUGUGACUAUAAUAGAAUCUCAGAUAUUACUUCUAUCGUUUGCAGCAAUAGAACCUUAUCAGCCUUACCACUGGACUUGCCUGGGGGAAAAUUGAACCUAAAUUUGACUUCUAAUAUGAUAAAUAUACUUGAUAAACGUGAUUAUUUCCCCAGGAUCGUUGAGCUAGAUCUAAGUUAUAAUGAGAUUAGUAAUAUAUCUAGCACAGGGCUAACCUUAUUGUCUAAUAUACUAACACUGGACCUCACUAACAAUAAUAUAACUUCUUUACCUAGAUCUAUAACACAAGUUCCAUUCUCUUCUACAACACAGAUCUACGUAUCAUCUAAUCCAUGGCUUUGUUCUUGUGAUUUAUUAUGGUUUGCUCAAUGGUUGGGAGAAAAGAACUCAUCAAUAAGUGAUAAAGACCAGCUACGGUGUAAUUUUCUGUCCAUUAAUGUUAUUGAUAUCACAGAAGAUAACUUUAAGUGUAACGUCCAGCUGAAAACGUAUCUGUAUUAUUUGAUAACAAUAUUAUUAUUAAUAAUUAUCUUUUUUGUAUUUCUCAUUAUUAAAUGUAGAUAUAACGCUAAGGUAUUAUUAUAUACUCGGCUUCGUAUUCAGUAUUUCGCUCCACCUAUUGUCAGCGAAAAGCUGAAAGAAAAUGAUGUAUUUAUUGUUUAUGAUGAUGAAGAUAUAACUUGGAUGAAGUAUGUUUUAUUAAAACGACUAGAAGAUAUUGAAAAACCUGGUUAUAAAACGGUUAUUAAAGAUAGAGAUUUUCUACCCGGUUUAGAUGAAAAUGAAAAUGUUAACGAUGCUAUCUCUAAUAGUUAUUGUACUUUAUUUAUAUUUUCCGACAAUUUUCUACAAAAUGAAUGGUGUCUUUAUAAUUUUCAUUGUGCUUAUGAACAUAUGUUAAAGGAAAAAGAUAUAAAAAUUGUGAUAAUUUUAAAAGAUAAGAUAGAUGUUGAUAAGUUAAACGACGAUUUGAAAGCUUAUUUUAAAACUCAUACAUAUCUUGAAUUUAAUGAUACCAUAUUCUGGGAUAAGCUAUUAUAUGUUUUACCCAAAAACUCGCAUAUCAUACCGCACGAAAACUAUAUUAUUGUUUGA